AUGUCUGUGCACCGGACGCAGCUCCUUCUCUUCCUCGUCUCUUUCUCCUCCUCCCGACUCGGACUCGGCCACUACAUCCAGGAGACUGAAGCCUCGCAGGGAUUGCGUGCUCUGCUCACUUUGCAGCAGAAAAGAGAUGCGGGGGAUGUCAUUUUCCGCCGACCCCUCAGAUGCCUGGACAUGUUGGCCACGGAGGGCCAGUUCACAUUUGUGGCGUCUCGGCCGCAGCUGUCCUGUGCCGUCUUCCUUAUCGCUGAACCCAGUGAGGUCAUCAGUCUCGAGCUGUCGGACGUGGGCAUUGAGUGCAGCGCUGGAGACUUCAUUAAGAUGUUUGACGGCUGGGUCCUGAAGGGAGAGAAGUUCCCUAGCAGCCAGGACCACCCCCUCCCUUUGUAUCAGCGCUACACCGACUACUGCUCCUCCUCCGCAGCCGGAGGCGCUAGCCGCUCCUCUCAGAACGUGGCCAUGGUCUUCUUCCGCAUUCACGGCCCCGACAGCGGCUUCACCCUCACCAUCAAAAAGCUUCACAACCCCUUCCCCUGUAACAUCAUGUCCCAGAGUCCAGAGGGCAGCUUCACCAUGGUGAUGCCACACCAGCGUAGGAACUGCAGCUUCUCCGUCAUCUAUCCUGUAGAGAUCCAGCUGACAGACCUGAGCCUGGGGCAGGCCAAGAGCAACGAGCUCAGCCCACAGAGGCAGGUGUGGUCAGACUGCGCAGGAUCGGGGGACCAUGUUGAGCUGCUGGGGGGUAACAGGGUUGACACCUCAAAGAUGCUCCCUGUAGCUAACCUUUGUUUCUCUCCUUCUGCGCUGGCCCAGAUGAAGCUUGGCUGUGAUAACUCAGUGGUACGGUUGGUGUCCAGUGGGAACUACAUCAACCGUGUCUCCUUCCAAUACCGACUGCUGGAGCGCAGCGAGCUCCCCAAAGCCAGGGAGAACAGCCUGGAUGACUUCUGCACUGUAGAAUGA